CAACUUUAGUCAGUUUAACUUUUAAAUAGCUUCAUUUAGUCCAGACUAAGUAUUUUAAUAUUGUUUAGCUAAAAUGUUGAACGGUCGAACGCCAGCGCAAAUAGAUCCUAAAAGCCGCGUGUUGAAAGAGUCUGCGGUCGCCUUGGAAACUUGCAAAUGUAUCAAACGGAGGCAAAGAACAAAAGCAACGCGCAACAGACCUGACGAGUGCCACCUGUUGUCGCUGUUUGCUCUGGUUGUUCUGGUCCCCGUGUGUGCAGAGCCUGUGGAGCGCGAUGAGGAGAAUCCUUCACUCAACUAUGCAAAACAUACAGCGGACGGAGCCCACGGAGCCCAUGUGCCUCACGCGGCGGCGCUCGGCGAGAAAUUGAUCGACUUCCUGAUAAACAGUAGCUCAGCAUUCCUGCGAAAAAUCCUCACUUUAGGGGGAAUUCAAUCCGUUAGAAUGGCAGGAGGAAAGCAAAGAAAGCAGAAUGAGGAAAGGACUCGCCGAGGCCCUCGCCGCAGGCUCGUAUCAGUCGCCACGGAGGCCCCCCGGCCUAAAAGUCCUAAACCCAGGGUGUGACCUUAGUAGGGAAACAUGCAGAACACGACAGCAGGACAGACGAAGGAGGUGGAUCUGGCGUGCGGCAUGUCGGGAAGCCAUAAAUUCAUCUUCACCCUGAUACCGAUCAUCUACGGGUUCAACUUCGUCAUAGGCAUCGUGGGCAACAGCAUGGUGGUGGCCGUCAUCUACUGUUACAUGAAGCUCAAGACGGUGGCCAACAUCUUCGUGCUGAACCUGGCCGUCUCCGACCUCACCUUCCUCAUCACGCUGCCCAUGUGGGCCAGCUUCACGGCCUCGGGCUACCGCUGGCCCUUCAGCGAGUUCCUGUGCAAGGCCAGCGGCGGCCUGGUGAUCUUCAACCUCUACACCAGCAUCUUCUUCCUCACGGCGCUCAGCAUCGACCGCUACCUGGCCAUCGUGCACCCGGUGCGCUCGCGGCGCUUCCGCACGGCGGCGUACGCGCGCCUCACCUGCGUGGCGGUGUGGCUGGUGGGCUUCAUGCUCAGCGUGCUCUCGGCCGUGACCCGGGGGGUGUACCGGAUCAAGGACACCAACUCCACCACGUGCGGCACCCUCUACCACAGCGCCGGGGACGACGUGCGGUGGAAGCAGCUCCUGCUGGCCAUCAGCCUGAUGAAAAGCCUGCUGGGCUUCCUGGUGCCCUUCGUCAUCAUCAUCACCUGCUACUGCCUCAUCGGGCGGGCGCUGCUGGGGGCCAAGCACAUCCAGAAGAGCGCCCGCUCCCGGGGGGACGAGGUGCUGCGCAUGCUGGCGGCCGCCGUGCUGGCCUUCUUCCUGUGCUGGGCGCCCCAUCAGGCGGUCCACUUCAUGCAGCUGUUCACGCAGCUGACGCACGCCAAAAACUGCGACCUCGUGGAAAUCAUCGACACCGCCAUGCCCUUCACCAUCUGCAUCGCCUACUUCAACAGCUGCAUCAACCCCAUCGUGUACGGCUUCGUGGGCCACAACUUCCGCAGAAACCUGCUGCGGCUGCUGCGCUGCUCCCGGGCCAGGGCGCCCGGGCCUCACCCGAGCAUCAGCUCCAAGAUGAGCGCCCUGUCCCUCCGCGCCUCCGAGGCCCUGGGGCUCACAGUCAAAGGUCCCGCCUCCUCGGAGGUCAAGUGAGGCGACGCAUUACUCAGCACUGACCUCUGGAAGAGAGUGUGAGACGUGUCUCUUACCUGAUUCCACGUGCAGAAUACCUCUCCAUAAACCACCAACCAUCCGUCCAUCCAUCCAUGCAUCCACGCUGGCAGACGUUCACAUGUUCCAAGUGCUCAGAAACGAUUCCAACGCUAACAAUCCAUAUCCAAUACCAUAAACCAGCCGUGCUCUGAAAUGUGAUGUCAGUUAUUAAUAUAUUCGCCUGUAUAAGAAGUACCGGCAUACUGCUGUACAUGGUAUUUGUGAAAUUGUUCGCUCCUUGUGAAAAUGCGUCGGCGUGAUAAUAGAAGUGCUGAAAUGUUUCCAGGUCCGGUGGCGACAGACUGUGCAAACACGCGUCCUGCACAAAGCAAACACUCCAGGUUGGGUGGUUACUGACAGUAUUGUUGCUAUUUGUGAUAUUUGUGAUGUUAAUAGAUGUUUUUCUACACUGAAAAUGUACAGUUUGUAAAUACAUGAAUGAAAUAAAACCAAUUACAGUCUUA